GGAGCUAUAUUGGUAGCAAGGAUAUCUAUUGGUGUAGUGGCCGUGGGGCGGCCGGCUGUAGAAGUAAGGGAGAUAUAUAAAUUCAGAUCGGUGUCAUACACGGAGGAUAUUAUCGCCGCAGACUCAACGUCUGUGAGCCUGAGCAAUGCCCCGUAAGCCGCGCCCCGCUGCGCUGGCGCCGCCGCUGCCGGACGGCCUGCUGCUGACGGACGUGUCACGUCGCACCUGGCGGCUGGGCGCCGCCGUCGGCUCUGGGGGCUUCGGCCAGAUCUACACGGCGCUGCAGGAGCCGGCCGGCCGCGCCGCCGGCGCGCGGCACGUGAUCAAGGUGGAGCCGCACGCGAGCGGGCCGCUGUUCUCCGAGAUGCACUGUUACCACCGCGUGGCGCGCGCCGACGCGAUCGCUGACUGGAUGAGACGGCGCGGCCUGAACCGACUCGGUAUGCCGCGCUUCGUGGGCAGCGGUUCGGUGGAGUACGGCGGCCAGCGCUACCGCUUCAUGGUCAUGGAGCGCUACGGCACUGACCUCCAGAAGCUGCUCGACCGCAAUGGUAACCGAUUCCCCAUGAGCACCAUCUUCCACAUCGGCCUUCAGGUGAUUGACGUGUUAGAAUAUGUGCAUAGUCAGGAGUACAUUCAUGGUGACGUCAAGGCGCAGAACCUCCUGCUCGGAAUGGAUGAAGGGGACCAACACCAGGUGUAUCUGGUCGACUUCGGGAUGGCCAGCCGCUACGCCAACGACGGCCGCCACAAGCCGAACGUGCCGGACGCGCGCAAGGCGCACAACGGCACGAUCGAGUUCACCAGUCGUGACGCGCACAUCGGCGCCCACUCCCGACGCGGUGAUCUCGAGAUCCUCGGGUACAACCUGCUGCAGUGGGCGUGCGGCCGGCUGCCCUGGCAGGACCACCUGCGGCACGCCAACGCCGUAGCCCGAAGCAAGUGCGAGGCGAUGGCCGACGUGAGCACCCUGAUGCGCACCUGCUUCCCGCUCGGACUCGUCCCGGGCGCAG